AUAAAAAUUAAUGCUCCUGAUGAUAUUAAUAAGGACAUGUCUUCACAAAUGAUAGAAACUAAUGCUGAUAAUGUACUUGUUAAACGUAUAAUAAAUGAUGAAUCUCACGGUAGUGAUAGUGAAUCAAGUACAAAAUACAAUAGUUCCACUAAUAUGCAUUCAAAAAUUAUUGAUGAACAGCGAUCCUCUGCAAAUUUAACUGAGAAAGUUGAAUUUGAAAAAAGUAGUGAUAAUGGAACUGGAACUCGACAGGCUCAACAUCAAAAAACAUUAACAAUGCAAACUGACAACACUGAUGAAAAUAUUGGUGCUUCUAAUAGAACUACUCUUAAAUUGACUCUUGUCCCUCCAAAUCUCGAUCCAUCAGUAAAGGUGUUAACCUCUUCUCCUGUAAGUUGUCAGGAUCUAGGUAUCACUCGCACACCUUUAAGAACUUCGCGAUCGAAUCUAUACCCUCUAGUUGUAAAGUAUGAUCCUAACCGUACAGCGAUUCAAGAUGAAUCAUCACAGUAUCAAACAUAUACGCAUCCUAAUCUUGUUAAAGAUUUAAAUAGAAGACUCUGGUUACCUAGGGAUCCUCUUAAAAAAAUUACUAUUGAUGAUACGGUUGAACUUACUCGUGCAUUAACAUCAAGUGAAGGUGGAAGUGGAAUUGUUGGAUUUUGGGGAGAAGCUUCAUCAUAUUUGAAUGAAGCGAGGGUUAGUAUGUAUGGGGUACAUGAAUUUCUUCCUUCACCCCAUCAACGAGGUGCAACUGGUAGUACAGGUGGUGAAGUACCUUGUCAUCAUAGAAGAAAAACUACUUCAAAUGUGGAUCCAGAAUCUAGCGUUGAUGAUAGUAAUGAAGAAUUCUGUGAUGACGGUAUAGUCAGCUUAAAAGAAUUCUUUAGUGGUGAAUUAAGAUCUGGAGAAUUAUCGAGUGGUGAAGAAUAUUAA